GUCCCCUCCACCUUGGGCUGGACUUCUGGAUUUGUGGAUCAUUUUUAUUAACAAAAGUUCAGUGCCCAGCUGCAGUCGGGAAGGGGAUGGACAAGGAGGAGGUGAGGCAGAAGGCCAGGGACAGCUCAGGGCGAGCAGAAGACCGUGCUUUGCUGUGCUGCAUGGAAGCUGGAACGGCUUCAACAAGGACCAAAGGAUUUCAGGUCUCCCCCAGAGCCCCGUGCUGGGGCUGGAGUCGGGUGCCCCAAAUCCCUCGUCCUGGACACGGGUUUCCAGGGUCCUGCUCUCGGGCUGGGCGCUCAGGGCCAGCUUCGCCCUGCGUAAAGGUGACACCGGCCGCAGGGUCGCCGCCUUCGCCUCCUUCCAUUAGGGUAAUUGCCUCUCUGCAAGCCCAGCUGCUGCCCUGGCGCUCGCGGCGGGCCCCGGGGAGCAGCGCGGCUGGGACCGCAGGCAGGGGAUGAAUAAUUCACCGCCUGGAAACAAAACCUCCGGCCUUAAAACCGAUCGGGCUCUGCUUGGCAUCUGCUGCCCGGGAUUAGCAGCCUCCGUCCCUCCAUCCCCAGCCCUGACGUCAGCCAGCACCGAGCCCUUAAAGGCAGCACCAAAACCCUGCCCAGCCCCAGGAGAUGCCACACGAGGAGGGGCUGGAUGGCACAGCCCGCACCCCCGGCAGGUGACACCGCGAUGUCCCAGCGCCCGGCUCCUGACGGCCCCGGCAGCACGAGGAUGGAGCCGGGCGCUCGCCUGCCCGCGUGGCUGCUGGCGCUCGGCCUUGCCAGCACCGUCCUGGCCCCAGGCUGCGGGGGUGCUCAGGGCAGGCUCGCCCACAAGCUGCUCCACGACCUCUUCGCCAACUACUCCAGCGCCCUGCGCCCCGCGGAGGACACGGACCCGCUCAACGUCACCCUGCAGGUCACCCUGUCCCAGAUCAUCGACAUGGACGAGAGGAACCAGGUCCUCACCUCCUACCUGUGGGUCCGCCAGGCCUGGCUGGACGCCCACCUCACCUGGGACAAGGACGCCUACGGCGGCAUCGACAGCAUCCGCAUCCCCAGCAGCUACGUCUGGAGGCCGGACAUCGUCCUCUACAACAACGCCGACGACCGGUUCGGGGGCUCGAUGGAGACCAACGUGGUGCUGCGCUCCGACGGGCACAUCAUGUGGGACUCGCCCGCCAUCACCAAGAGCUCCUGCAAGGUGGACGUCUCCUACUUCCCCUUCGAUGGGCAGCAGUGCCGCCUCACCUUCGGCUCCUGGACCUACAACGGGAACCAGAUCGACCUCCGCAACCGGCUGGACGCGGGCGACCUGACGGAUUUCGUGGAGAACGUGGAGUGGGAGGUGCUGGGCAUGCCGGCCACCAGGAACGUCGUCACCUACGGGUGCUGCUGCUCGGAGCCCUACCCCGACGUCACCUACACGCUGCUGCUCAAGCGCCGCGCCUCCUUCUACAUCUUCAACCUGCUCCUGCCCUGCGUCAUGAUCUCCUUCCUGGCGCCCCUGGGCUUCUACCUCCCGGCCGACUCGGGGGAGAAGGUGUCGCUGGGGGUGACGGUGCUGCUGGCCCUCACCGUCUUCCAGCUGCUGGUGGCGGAGAGCAUGCCGCCGUCGGAGAGCGUGCCGCUCAUCGGGAAGUAUUACAUCGCCACCAUGACCAUGAUCGCCGCCUCCACCGCGCUGACCAUCUUCAUCAUGAACGUCCACCACUGCGGGCCGGGGGCCAGGCCGGUGCCGCCGUGGGCACGGCGUCUCAUCCUGCACCACCUGGCCCGCGCCCUCUGCGUCUGCGAGGUGGGCGAGAGCUGCAGCAGCCCCCGGCGGGCGGGCACGGGCGGAACGGGGCCGCAGGAGCCCCCCGGGGUGGGCGCCCAGCCGGGGCCGUGUCCCCGCGGCCACUGCCUGUGCCACCACCACGUGCUGCUGAGCAGCGUGGGCUACAUCGCCGGCUGCUUCCGACGGCACCGAGCCGCCCAGCGCCGCGCCGGGGAGUGGAAGAAGGUGGCCAAGGUGAUGGAUCGCUUCUUCAUGUGGGUCUUCUUCAUCAUGGUCUUCCUCAUGAGCGUGCUGGUCAUCGGCAAAGCCGCCUGACGGCACCACCACACACAGCACCCCGGGUGUCCCAUGGGUGGCUCAGCCCUGGCACGGCCGGGGGCUCUGGGGCAGGCACAGCAGGGACCAUGGGGACAGACGGGGGCUCCAGAAGUGCUGGGGAGGUGCUGGGAGCCCCCCCGUGCCA